GCUGUUUCGCUGUCUUAUUCUCCGUUUCUCUUUUUCCCCUUUUCUUUCCACAGUGUGACCCCCCCCCCUCUUUUUUGUUAAUCCCACCACCCCUGCCUUCCAUCUCCAUCCUCCCCUUUCUCCAUCUCUUUUUGUAUUCAUCCCAUCUUUUCUCUUUCUUUUCCACCGUUCCUUAGAUAGACUCUCACCUUUCCUUUUCUCUGCUCUCUCUCCCUCUCUUUCUCUCUCUUAUACUAAAUUCUAAGACCACCCUCUCUCCUCUCUUCUCUUUUUUUUCUCCUUUUGCUCACUCUCUCUAUUUCUCUGUGGCCCUCCCCCUCCCUUUUCAUGUUUCCCCCCUCCCUCCAUCCUCUCUUUCCCUCGCUGGUUCAGUUAGUCAAAGAAGAGAUUCACGGAAGGAGAGAAAAGGGGGGAAAGGCAGGACGAGAGUGAGAGCGCAGGAGUGGGGCAGGCUGGGGAGAGGGGUGUGGGGUCUCAGCCCUCUGUCGUGGGGGGUUGGGGGGGUUGAGAUACACCCCGAUAUUUGUUUUAAGUACCAUGGACUGCCUCUGCAUUGUGACUACAAAGAAGUACAGGUACCAGGAUGAGGAGACGCCCCCCUUGGAGCACAGUCCAGCACAUCUGGCUCAAGGGAAAAGUGCAGAGAUGCUUCAUAUGAGUGACAAAAACCUCGCCGCCAUGGAGGCCAUCCAUGGCUACACACCACACACGCAUAUCUCACCUGUCAAGCCUGUGUUGAUGUCUACGGGACACACUCCAAUGUACACCUCCGCUGUUUCCACACUGGGAAACACUCCUCCAGUGGUCGUGAACACUGACACACUCGAUGGCUCCCCAUAUGUGAAUGGGACAGAAGGCGAAAUCGAGUAUGAGGAAAUCACACUGGAGAGAGGUAACUCAGGCCUGGGCUUUAGCAUAGCAGGGGGAACAGACAACCCUCACGUGGGCGACGACCCCAGCAUCUUCAUCACCAAAAUCAUACCUGGAGGAGCUGCUGCUCAGGAUGGACGGCUGAGUGUGAACGAUUGCAUCCUAUUUGUGAAUGAUGUGGACGUGAGGGAGGUGACACAUAGCCAAGCUGUGGAGGCUCUUAAGGAGGCAGGUGCUAUCGUCCGCCUCUACGUUCUCCGCAGAAAACCAGCAGCGGAAAAAGUCACUGAAAUCAAGCUCAUCAAAGGGCCUAAAGGAUUAGGUUUCAGCAUUGCUGGAGGGGUGGGGAACCAGCACAUACCAGGAGAUAACAGCAUCUAUGUCACUAAGAUCAUUGAAGGCGGAGCAGCUCAUAAAGAUGGGCGUCUGCAGAUUGGGGACAAGAUCUUAGCGGUGAACAACGUGUGUCUGGAGGAUGUGAUGCAUGAGGAUGCGGUGGGGGCUCUGAAGAACACAGCCGAGGUGGUGUACCUCAGGGUGGCCAAGCCCAACAACCUGUUCCUGACCAACUCGUACAACCCUCCAGACCUCACCAGCACAUAUUCCCAUAUGGAUACUGAACUUAGCCACCCAAACUAUCUCGGAUCCGAUUACCCACAAGCCCUCACUCCCACCUCACCGAGUCGGUUUUCUCCUGUUCUGCACGGCAUGAUGGGAGAUGAUGAUAUACCCAGAGAGCCUCGUCGAGUUUUGAUCCACCGAGGCUCCACAGGUUUGGGAUUCAACAUCGUCGGAGGAGAGGACGGCGAGGGGAUCUUUAUCUCCUUCAUCCUGGCAGGCGGUCCAGCUGACCUCAGCGGAGAGCUGCACAAAGGGGAUCAGAUCCUCAGUGUAAACGGCGUGGACCUGCGUAUGGCCACACACGAACAGGCAGCUGCAGCACUGAAGAACGCCGGCCAGACAGUUACCAUCAUCGCACAGUACCGACCCGAUGAGUACAGUCGCUUUGAGGCUAAGAUCCAUGACUUGAGGGAACAGCUGAUGAACAGCAGCAUGGGCUCUGGGACGACAACGCUAAGGAGUAAUCCAAAGAGAGGCUUCUACAUCAGGGCUCUUUUUGACUAUGAUAAAACUGCCGACUGUGGCUUUCUCAGUCAAGCACUUGGGUUCAAGUUUGGAGACGUGCUGCACGUGUUGGACUGCGGAGAUGAAGAGUGGUGGCAGGCCCGUAAGGUCAGCCCGCAGAAUGAGGCUGAAGAGGUUGGCUUCAUCCCCAGCAAGCACAGGGUGGAAAGAAAAGAGUGGUCUCGUGUUAACACCAAAGAGAGGGACCUUGGUCGGGACAGCUUGAGCACACAAGGGAGAGAUAAAGCCUCACACAGUUAUGAGACAGUUACCCAAGUGGAAGUACAUUAUGCAAGGCCCAUCAUCAUUCUGGGUCCUGUGAAGGACAGGAUAAAUGAUGACCUGUUGUCUGAGUUCCCCGAUAAGUUUGGAUCUUGUGUCCCACACACCACGCGGCCCAAGAGGGAGUAUGAGGUGGACGGGCGAGACUAUCACUUUGUGUCCUCCAGGGAACAGAUGGAGAAGGACAUCCAGAGCCACCGGUUCAUCGAGGCCGGACAGUACAACAGUCACCUGUACGGCACGAGUGUCCAGAGUGUCCGUGAGGUGGCUGAGCAGCAGGGGAAACACUGCAUCCUGGAUGUCUCAGCCAACGCUGUGCGCAGACUACAAGCAGCUCAGCUUCACCCAAUUGCCAUCUUUGUGCGGCCCAAGUCGCUGGAGAAUGUCCUAGAAAUCAACACUCGCCUGACAGAGGAGCAGGCCAGGAAAGGAAUGGACCGAGCCCUCAAACUAGAACAAGACUUCCUAGAGUGUUUUACCGCUGUCGUGGAAGGGGACAGCUUUGAAGAGGUCUAUCACAAAGUAAAGACAGUGAUUGAGGAGCAAUCAGGGCCUUACAUCUGGAUCCCCACUCGGGAGAGGCUGUGAUGCUGCACCCGCUCGACCACCCCUCCCUCACAACCACCGACCGACCGCCACCCUUCACCCUCACAGCCAAGCCAGCCUCGCCUGCCUGCCUGUCUGUCCUCCAGCAAAGUCAGUGCUUAGGCAAUCACUGAGAAUGACACAGAGAGAUAAACGCAUACUAAGACAAAACACAGCGACACCGCGAGGCAAAGAACGAUACCAAAAAAUAAAAAGGAGAGAGACUCUGACACAGAUGUAAAUGCAGCGAUGUAUAAAGAGACUGAGAGAAAAGACUAAACCAGUAUCCCACUAUAAUGAAGCCGACCCAGUUCACACUUUGCAUUAAAAUGCAUCUCGGAUACACAAGUGGACAGCUCUAGAUGCAGCUGUGACUGCACCCUAAACUGGGUGCUGGUGGGGGUGGGGGGGAUGCAAAUAUCCAAAUCACAGUUAAUAACUUGUGUAUAUGUAAUGUGUUUAACCUGUGUUUGGAUACAGGUGCACUUUCCCACCAGAUAGGGAGCAAACGAAGUGACUAUUUGAGGCGGAUUUCAGUUGCAUUUUGAUGCCGGGUGUGAACUGCAGCCCACGUCACCUGGAGCUCAACACAACAGUCUAGAUGUAUGUGGACAUGAGACAUUAAUUCUGAGCAGGGUUGGAAAGAAAAUAAAGGAUGACCUUGCAGAGAUGGACCCUGAGGUGCUAUCGCCUCACCUACAGAGCCAUCUCGAGUCUCAUGCCGACAUUGAACACCUCAGUGCACCGAUGUCUCAGAUGGAGGUCCCCCCCUCACUCUCAAACAAAACAAAAGACAGUGGCCACUCUUUUUAUAACACCUCCUGGCUUUCUGUCCUCCUCGUCCUGCCAGCUCUGCCUUGUUUCAGGACGGGAACGGGGAAGACCGAGAACAGGGGGCCCAGAUCCAGCUGAGUCCCACGUGACCAGGAGUCCUUUCUCAGCAAAGACCCGCCUUUUUUUUUUCUUUUUCUUUAUUUUUUUCUUUUUGUGAUUCUCAUCUUGGUUCUGGGUGUGAACUCAGAAUAACACCUCAGUGGCCAAGACUGACGUUUGUUCGGGUCACCCCAUGUUGAAUAUUGCAAGGCAUUAUUUAAAGGCAGUUCAAAUAAUUAUAUUGCUAAAAACCUCAUACGCUGAAUUUCUGCAUGCAUCCUCGAAGACAACGGAGAGAGGAGAGAAAAACAAAGGAAAAAAAUAAUGAUAAUAAUCUAAAGGAAGGAGAAAAAAGUGAAGGAGUUUGGUUUUUUUAGCAUGUCUCAAGAAGAGAAGAGAGACAUGAUCAUGUGAUUAUGGUCAUGAGAGGCCAGUGCUGAGCAUACUAGAUGCUCUGGCGUGUAGUUUAGCCUCAACUCUCUUAUGCACACAUGCACUCAUGCACCCACACACACACACACACCUUCACUCCCUUACAGCGGCACACACACACACGCACACACACACACAGACACACAAUCGUAGGGUCGUAAACUCAGCUGUAACCUAGCACACCUCUACAGGCGGAUUGGCUGUUCUGACCUGCUAGUCAGCAUCCAGGAUGAAUGUUAUCUCUCUAGGCACAAACAGCAGAGCUCUUAGCUUCAUCGCACCACAGCAAACUCAUCGGUCAUUCUUCCAAAAGAUGCCCCCCUUCCCCUGCCGCAGACGUACACGCCGUCUCCAGUGGUCGCAGUUAAAAGCCAUGGCGUAUGUGUGUGUGUAAGUGUGUGUGUCUGCGUGUGCACGGUGGUGCUCGUUCAUGUGCGGGGACUCCUCUGUGUGGGAGGAAUAGGUCCUUUUAUCCUUUCUCUCUCUUCCAGUUUUCCCUGCUUCUUGUGUCCACACAAAUUAAAGCUAAGUCAUGUUUAACAAAUAAAUAGCCUAUAUAUAUAAAUAUAUAUAUAUGCAUAUAUAUCUUUUUUAUGACAAUUUCUAACGGGAUUAAGUCUGUAAAAAAAAUCAACAUUUCCAAAUAAUAUUCCAUUGAUUUUUUUUUUUGGGGGGGGGGGUAAUAUUGCAGUUUGGUUUUUGGAUUUACACACAAUCCCAUUUUUUGUGUUGCAAAGCGCAGCAGAAAGCUACACACAACUAACUGAACCAUUGAAGUCAACGUUAAGCAGACCUCACACUAGAAGUGACAACACGUGACGUGUUCUCGUACGCGCUGAAGACAAACUGAAACACAUGUGCAAUGCAGCUGCGUGCGUCUGUGUGACUGUGUGCGUAUGUGUUUGCCGCUUGCGUGCGAGAGUGGCAAGAAAGCGCGUGUCGUGUAUAAAAUAGAAGCAAUGCUAUAUGGGAACAUCCAUCCUUAUGGUUGUAAUGUGUGUGUGUGUGUGUGUGAGUGAGAGAGCGAGACACGCACACGAAGAUGUAGUGCAAUACUGCUAUGAUGUUAUGCAAUGAAGAUGGUUUUAUGGGCCUAAGAUUUAAACUGUAUAAAGUUUGCACUGACGGCAUUAUAUGCUACAGGUAUCAGCGGGAUAAAGAUGGCGAGCGAAAGCAGGAGGACCCCAUGUCAAGAUUUUAAGAGCAUGUGUUUUGUAUUUACUUAUGAUUUGUUCUGAAUUAAAAGAGUAAAGGUGGAAGUAUCGAUGGAAGUGACCAUUCAUAUUUAUAUUUGUUUACUUUAUGCUCACAUGCUUCUGUGGGCUCAGUUUGGAAUAGCUGAAGCUUGUGAAUGACGACUAUCAAUUUCUGUUUGAAAUAUAUAUAUAUAUAUAUAUAUAUAUAUGUAUAUAUAUAUAUAUAUAUAUAUGAUUUAUUCAGAACUGUCACUAGUUGCAUAACAUGUCUGUAUAUUUUUGUAUUUUUUCACAUUGAGAGAACUCUCGGGUCUUGGCCAGAAAUGCUGUAAAUAUGUUGUUGGAGUGCCGUGUGGGUUUAGGUUUUAGCCGUUCACACUGCUAAAUUGGUGCAAGUGCAGCAUCCAUCAGAGCCACAGCCCAGUUUCUAACUGCUCAAACACAGAAACGACACACGCAAGGAGAUAUCAGCACGUCCACACACAUGCAUUUAACAUUUACACAUAGAGAGAACUCACGGAAACUACGACGCACCGCGACACAUCCAUGAAUUGAACAAUAUGUUUUGGGUUUCUUUAUUUGAGGGUUCAGUGUAUUUCUUAAUAUCUCUCUCAGCCAUCCUUAUCAUAGUGUGAUAUUCCUUAUAAAGUAUAUGAAUUUUUACAGAAAAGACUGAUUACAAAGUUACAACAGAGUCAGCUGAUGCAGAAAAAUAUAUUUAACAAUGACAGUAUCAAGCAAAAUAAAAUGUUCCAGUUCAGUGAAGCGCUUGUUGUAAAUUAGCUAUAAAAUAAUAAAAAUUAAUUUAAAAAAUGCUUUCUGAAAA